CUUGAUUUGCAAGAUUACAACAACCCCUCUCAACUUUUAAAGGUUACAUUUUUAACCUGAUCAUGCGAGCAACCUCCAAGGCUAUCCCUUUCUCUUUUCACAGAUCUCCCAAAGUUCAAUGUCACCUCUUUCUUACUUCACUCUCUCCUCCUCUGCGUCUCACGUCUGCUUCUUCGCCGUUUUCAUCAUCAUCUUCGUCACAAUGGUUCGGCUUUCUUCGGGAUGCCAUCUCCACGUCGGACUUGACGCUCGGAAAAUGUACCCACGCACGUAUCCUAGCCUCCGAGGAAAACCCAGAACGAUUCCUCGUUAACAAUCUCAUCUCCAUGUACUCCAAGUGUGGUUCACUCACUUACGCCCGCCGAGUGUUCGACGUAAUGCCUGAGAGAGAUCUUGUUUCCUGGAACUCGGUUUUAGCUGCCUAUGCACAGUCUUUCGAAGGUGCUGCUGCUGUCGAGAACAUUGAAGAAGCGUUUCUUCUAUUCCGGAUAUUACGUCAGGACGUUGUGUAUACUAGUCGAAUGACUCUGGCUCCAAUGUUGAAACUGUGUUUGAGUUCUGGAUAUGUGUGGGCUUCAGAGUCAUUUCAUGGGUAUGCUUGCAAGAUUGGUUUGGACGGUGAUGAAUUUGUUGCUGGAGCUCUCGUUAAUAUCUAUUUGAAGUUUGGUAAGGUUAAGGAAGGUAAAGUUUUGUUCGAGGAGAUGUCUUAUAGAGAUGUGGUGUUAUGGAACUUGAUGUUUAAGGCUUGUCUGGAAAUGGGUUUUAAGGAACAAGCCAUAGACCUUGCUUCUGAGUUUCUUAGAAGUGGCUUACAUCCCAAUGAAGUCACUUCUCGUUUACUCGCUAGAGUUUCUGGUGAUGAUUCUGAAGCAGGACAAGUGAAAUCUUUUGCAAAUGGUAAAGAUGCUUCUGCUGUUUCAGAGAUUAUAACAAAGAAUAAAAGAUUGAGUGGAUAUCUCCAUGCAGGCCAGUACUCAGCUCUUCUCAAAUGUUUUAGGGAUAUGGUUGAGUGCGACUUGGAAUGUGAUCAAGUCACAUUUAUUUUAGUGUUAGCUACAGCUGUUAGGUUAGAUAGUUUAGCGUUAGGACAGCAAGUUCAUUGUAUGGCAUUGAAGUUAGGACUUGACGUGAUGCUCACUGUUGCAAAUAGUCUAAUAAACAUGUACUCUAAACUGAGAAAAAUUGGUUUUGCUAGGGAAGUAUUUUAUAAUAUGAGUGAAAGAGAUUUGAUUUCGUGGAAUUCAGUUAUCGCCGGAUUUGUUCAAAGUGGCCUAGAAAUGGAAGCAGUGUGUUUGUUUAUGCAGCUUUUACGUUGUGGCCUUACACCAGACCAGUAUACUAUGACGAGUGUUCUAAAGGCUGCUUUUUCUCUUCCUGAAAGCUUGUCGUUGAACAAACAAGUUCAUGUUCAUGCAAUUAAAAUCAACAAUGUUGCUGACAGUUUUGUCUCUACUGCUCUGAUUGAUGCCUACUCUCGGAACAGAUGUAUGACAGAGGCAGAGGUUUUGUUUGAGAGGAGUAAGUUUGAUCUCGUCGCUUGGAAUGCAAUGAUGUCUGGUUAUACACAAAGUCAUGACGGUCUUAAGACUCUGAAGCUCUUUGCUUUGAUGCAUAAACAGGGAGAGAGAUCUGAUGAUUUCACGCUCGCAACAGUGCUUAAGACAUGUGGUUCCUUGUUUGCAAUAAAUCAAGGAAUGCAAGUCCAUGCCUUNUAG